AUGGCUAUCUGUUUACGUACGUUUUCUCAUAAAAUACUGCCAUUAAACGGAAUCGUUACUACCAAAAAUCAUUCCAAUCGGCUAUCGCGAAAAAUCCCAGUGCGUACGCAAUUUCUAGAAGAUUUUCUUAGCAAGAGGCGCAUAUCCAGUUGCCAGACGGCACCAAAAUGUACGGUGGAAAGUAACAUUGAUGAUAUCUAUGUUCAUGAGAUUGCCAUUGCCAAUAGUUAUCUAAUACGAAACUCGAACGAAAUGCCGAAACUAACUUUCAUAGACAAAAUAGAUUCAAAAGAAACCAAUGAUAUUAUAGAAAAUCACUUCAAUUAUUGCAUAGAUGGCAUGAAAAUAUUAAGUUUGAAUAGUGAUGAUUAUGUAGAACAGAAGCAGACCACUUCUUUUAAUUCAUAUAAAAUUCCCUCUAUUAGUAUGAAUGAUGUAGAUUUUUCAAAAUGCAAUGAGGAUAUAGUACCUACAUGCUUAUCUGAUUUUGAGCGAGAUGCAAUUGCUUACUGUAGUGGGCCCACAGUAUCUGCACAGACAACUACUCCAACUAGUGAAUCCGAUAAUGAAGGAAAACCUAGUGAAGAACAGCUUAUGAGGAUAUUUAAGGCUCUCUCUACUACUAUGCCUAGUCUGUUUAUUAAGCCUUUGGACUAUUCAAUCUACCAUCCCAAUUUAAUUUUCGUAAACAAUAUAAGGGGCACCACUACUGUAGGUUUAUUCCACUAUGUAAAACAAGUUGCACUCCUGCGCACAGUAGCACACAUUAAAUUUGCUUAUGUAAAUUUUGAAAUACUGAAGAUUACACCACAUCCAGAAGACUCUUCAAUCAGGAUGAGAUGGAGAAUCAGAGGUAUAUCAGGUUUCAAGGUAUUCUUUAUGUUUUGGAAAUAUAAGCUAUGGGACAUGAAACAAGUGUUCCAAGAUCAGGAAUUGUGGUAUGAUGGUUUUUCAACAUUUUAUGUUGGAUCUGAUGGCCUUAUCCAGAAACAUGUUGCUGAUAAGGUAAUGCCAGAUCAGGAUAAAAUAGUUGAUGAUGAAGAGAAAGCACCUAUUGCUGCAAAAAUUGCUUUGCUUAUUGGUCUUCUUCCUCGCAACUAUUUGUCAGAUGUAAUUCCUUACUUCACAACCUCAUCGGGCACUAGUGAUUGCACAACUCUACCAUUCAAAGUUUUGGAA